CAGGUAACGACUGCUUCACUUAUCAUAGGAAACUAACCCUUGCUUUUUCUUCCUUCUUGUCUUCUCUCACAACUCCACAAUGCCACCAGCCAAACGCAAACCCGCCCAACAGGCGCCGGCUGCGGCGGCUUCGCUGAGAGUCACUCGUGCGGCAGCCAAGCGCUCCGCCUUGGCCAUCUCCGACCCUCCGCUCGAAGAGAAGAAAGCCAAGAAGGCCAAGAAGGCAAAGGCAAAGACAAGCAGUGGCGGUAGGAAGAAGAAGAACGAGAAAGAAGAAAGUGCUUCGGUCAAAGCAGAUAAAGAGGAAGAAAUAGAAGAAGAUGUAGAAGGGGCUUCCAGCAAGACUAUCUUUGUUGAGCACUGUAAGCAAUGUAACCAGUUCAAGAUGAGGGCCAAUCUGGUGAAAGAACGUCUGGAGGGAGCGGAUUGUGGAGUCAAUGUGAUACUGAACCCUGAAAAGCCAAGAAGAGGUUGCUUUGAAAUACGGCAAGAAGGUGGCAAGAAGUUCAUCAGUCUCUUGGACAUGAAGCGACCAUUUAAACCAAUGAGGGAUCUAGACAUGGACAAGGUCAUUUCGGAUAUCAUUGAUGAGAUAUCAAACACUUAGUUAACUUUAGUUGUUUCGUAUGUUCUAUGUUUUGGCUUGACUUGAAGUGAAGCUAGAUAAAUUGUUCUAAUGUUAGAAUUUCUACAAUGGAAACCUGUUCAUAAUUUGUUAACCAGUUGUAUGUGGUUGCUAGUUUGACACAGUUUGAGAGAGAGACAGUCUUUUUGGAUAUGUUGUUGACUGUCUCAAAUGAGUAUCGAUAGGUUUGGUUUUGUAAUUUGGACUAGAUUCAGGUUUCAUUUGUGUUUGAGAUUAAAUUUACAAGAUAUGUUAUCAAAA